UGAGGGGAGGCGGGAGAGGAGGCCGGUACGCUUUGGCGACGGGAAACGAACCCCCGGCCCCUCUCCCCGCUCGUUGCCCUGCUCCUUUCGUCCACUUGCGCGGAGUGGGCUCCGUCCCGGCUUCCCGGCGGAGGAAACGGACCUGAAGCGGCAGGAGGCGGGAGGGGAGCCGGGCGGGCGGUAGGACCUGCCCGUCCGGGGAUGCUCCCAUCCGGCUCCCUGCGGGCGGCAGCGCGGGGAAGGCGAGCGCUGCGGGGGCCAGCGGCGGCUGACUGGCUAGCUGGCGAGCGAGGAAGGAAGGAAGGGAGGAAGGAAGGAAGGAAGGAAGGAAGGAAGGAAGCGAGUCGGCGAGGGGCGGCUGAAAAGAUGGAUUGAUUGGUAAAGAUGGAGAGAGGCAGAGGAGGAGGAGGAGGAAGGAGUGUGGGGGGCUCUGGCCUACACAGGAGCAUUUACUCCCAGUCCCAGCAGCAGUAUCAUUAUCCUGCCUCCUCUUCUCAGGCGGGCUGCAUGGAGAUCCAGGAGCUGGCCUCCAAAAGAGUGGACAUCCAAAAAAAGAGGUUUUAUUUGGAUGUGAAACAGAGUUCCCGAGGCCGCUUUCUGAAGAUAGCAGAAGUCUGGAUAGGAAGAGGCAGGCAGGACAAUAUCAGGAAAAGCAAGCUGACUCUCUCCUUGUCAGUAGCUUCUGAGCUAAAGGAUUGUCUGGGAGAUUUCAUAGAGCACUAUGCCCAUUUGGGCCUAAAAGGCAGCCAGAGUCAUCGGAAUGAUCACAGUAAUGGCAAAGAACAAGAUUCAAGAAGACGGCAACACCAUCACCCACCAUCACCUCCAGCAUCAGUUGGCUCAGAAGAGCAUCUUCACAGCGUCUUAAAAACUGAGUAUAUUGAAAGAGACAAUAGGAAGUAUUACCUAGACCUGAAGGAGAACCAACGUGGACGUUUCUUACGGAUUAGACAGACCUUGAUUAGAGGACCUGGCAUGAUAGGAUAUUUUGGUCACAGUUUGGGGCAGGAACAAACUAUUGUUCUUCCAGCCCAGGGGAUGAUUGAGUUCAGGGAUGCUUUGGUCCAGCUCAUUGAAGAGUAUGGUGAAGGAGACAUAGAAGAAAGGAGGAGUGGAGGUGAUGAGCCUCCUGAACUCCCAGAAGGGACCUCCUUCAGGGUAGACAACAAAAGGUUCUACUUUGAUGUGGGGUCCAACAGGUACGGUAUUUUUUUGAAGGUAAGUGAAGUGAGGCCUCCCUACCGUAACACCAUCACUGUCCCAUACAAAGCAUGGACAAGAUUUGGGGAAAACUUUAUCAAGUAUGAAGAGGAGAUGAGGAGAAUUUACAAUGGUCAUAAAGAGAAAAGAAUGGAUACAAGAGGGGACAGUGGAGAAGAACAAGAGGGUCUUGAUUAGAAUGUGUUUCAACUGGCCAAGAAACAAAAUAGAAAAUUGGCUACAGAUACUGAUAUGUAGUUUUUGGAAGAAGAUGCCUUUCUUUUUGUAAGUUCUUCCCUGUUGUUAGAUAACACCAAUAUAUAAAAUACUACAAGGGUUUGGUUGUCAUACUAAAUUAUACCCAGUAACAUCUCUGUGAUUUCUAACAGAAUAGUUGAGAAUAGUUAACCACCCAAUGAUUCUGAAAAUUCCAAUAAUUUCAUAGUCUUCAAAGACUACUUAUGUAUAAUAGCGCUAAAUCUCUUAUUACGACCUUUUAAAGAAUCUGUAUCAGGUUUGUGUUGCAGUGUAACAUGAUACAAGUAAGGCAGAUCAAAUUAAUGUCUUCUAAUACUAACCAUAGAGCAUUUAUGACCAAAACUGAUCUUUAAAUUUUAAAUACUUGUAUUGGGAAAGGUAUCUUUGAAUAACUAUCUGCUGGUCACUUUAUGGUAAAAAUCUUGGAAGCGUGGGGGAGAGGGGAUCAAACCUCUAUAGUGUAUUGGCCAGUAAUUUCAUGGUUACCUAAUUUUAUGAUAACCCAUUAAUUUUAAGUGUCCCAACAAUAUAAAUACAUGUUUGAUUGUUUGAGAGUAAUGUUUAUCAUGAAUCAUCCAUUUGUAUGGACUGCUUACAUCAUGUGAGGAGAGUUUUAUUUAAAUAAUGUUGCAACAUUUCAAAAACUAUUUUUGUAUUUGUGGUGUUAAGGGGCUCCAGCAAGUUGCUGUGAUGUGGGAAUUUAGUAGGUGGUUACGGUUGGAAUUAAAAUUCAAAAUAAGGAGAUUAAGUAUGUGGUGUGGAAAAGAAGUAGAAUAAUGUUGUUUUUAUCUUUAUACUUUAAGAAAAUGCUUUGAGAGAUUUUGGUGCAUCACUUAACUGGUACAAAACAGAUCUCUGGUUAUACGCUGGUGCAGUUGAAGCAUUCAAUAACAGCUAUCAGCACUUCCCUUAAAUCUUACAUUUCAAAUCUAUAUUAUUAUUGCAGGCCACAAUCUGCACUUCUUUUGUUAAAUCAUUAACCCAUGAUCCUCCAGCUUAAUGCUGUGUAGAGUUACAUCUUGAUCUGUAGAGUGAUAUCUAGAGACAAGAGUUCCAAUCAUGAGAAGAUUUUUAAAAAAUACCAAGAUGAUGACUGGAGAAUUGUCUGUUGAUUAUUGAUAAAGAAAAGAAAAAAGUGAACUUGCACCAAAAUCACCAAAGGAACUUUAGAAAUGUGUUAGUUACAGGUAGGUAGCCGUGUUGGUCUGAGUCGAAACAAAAUAAAAAAAUUCCUUCAGUAGCACCUUAAAGACCAACUAAGUUUUUCUUUUGGUAUGAGUGCAUGCACAUGAAAGCUCAUACCAAAAUAAAAACUUAGUUGGUCUUUAAGGUGCUACUGAAGGAAUUUUUUUAUUUAGAAAUGUGUGUUACAGUUGUGACAGAGAAGGGGGGAAAGAUGUAUGGACUUUAAUUUCACUGUUUUAGGUGAGUUUCACAAUAUAUAAAAAGUGGACCUAUUCAGUGUUUGGUCUAUUUUCAGAAAUAACAAUUGAUGAGUAAUGUCAAACCUAAAACUAAGAUUUCCAAUUUGGUUAUUUUAAUUAGUAGUGGCCUACUGGGCCAUGAUAUCAUUGAAAGGUUAUACAUUCAUCUUAGUACAAAAGUGUACUAAGAGAUGUUCUGGGGGUAGAAAUUAGACAUCUGAAUGAAAGAGUUCUAUGUACUGUUUGUGAUGUUUUAAAAUUAUAGUGAGUUGUCUAAGCCUAAAUUACCAUAUUGCUGAUUUGGUGCUGCACGUCCCAAUGCCUGUAGUAAUGGUAAUAUUGUUGGAUUCCAAAAUACAGGAUCCAUGAAUGUAGAAACUCCUGAUGCUCACAUUCUCACAACUCUCGUCUCACUAUGAGGAACUUCCCCCUCAAUAUGCAACAUGUUUAAUUCUUAUAUCAGUCAAUACAUUUUUAUUGGAGUUUUAUGGGAACUUUAUCCUAUCCUGUUAAAUAUGGUUCACUGAAAUAUCCUGCAUUCUUCAUAUAAACUUUCAAUUGAUAAAAGUAUACAAAUUGUCUAACUAGUAGUCAAAAAAUGCAUUUUUCCUGUUUUUAAAAAGGAAAUAGCUGUGAAGUGGUAUCUUUACACUUCAGUCAGAAUUUAUGUUUGUACACUGGCAUGUGCAAUUUUGCAUCAUUGUAUCUAAGUCUUGUUUUCUGGAUUUUGCCACGGAUUCUGUACUCACCCUCACUCCAAAUUUCUGUAUCCCCAUUCCACUAAACAAGACUCAGUUUUCAUCUGUUUACAGGUGCAGGUUGUUGUCUUCUUCAGAUCAACUAUGCCCUUAAUUACAAAUGCAGUGCUUUUUUUCUUGGGGGAUGCAUAACCCUAAACAUUUUGUGAAUCUUUGUACUUUCGUCCAUUUACUGUACAGUAUUUAUUUUUCCCAAUUUAAACUAUAAAAUGGUGAUUUUCUGGAGUCAGAAUGAGAGUACCCCAAACAUUUUUUAAGGAAAAAAGCACUGAUUAAAUGCACAUGUGAGCAUCUGAGACUGACUACACAUGAGCUAUAAAUGACCAUCUACUAUAUACAGUAUACAGUGAUUUUGGCUUAUCCAUUGGAAGCAACUGCUUCUUUCAUAUUGUCAUAUCCAAGGGUUAUAUAGUCAAUUUACAAAGCUAAAAGCUUAAAUGGUAAUUUGGGAAAUAGAUUCUUUUUACACCUGGCAGUACAUCCCCAUCUUUGGAGAGUGGCAAUAACAAGUAGUGUUUGCAGAAGGGUCUGUUAUAAUGUAAAGAAUUGUUCUUUGCACCCCAAAAAUGCCAUGUCCCUUAAACUUGAGAAAAACACAAGCUUAUUUGCACUAAAAAGCGUGGCCAAAAACAAAUCUAGGAGGGCCGGGUGGAUAAAAUCAAUUUGUACCUCUUGAAUUAUCUGUUCUCAUGAGAGAAUUUUACAGUAAAGCCUUGACCUCUCUUUUAAAACUAUGGUCCAGACAGAAAGUCUGUCAGUUUUGUGAUUUUGAUAAUAAUGCACUUUAUAUUUUAUAAAUAAUAGAAGCACAUUUCUGCUACAGGUCUGGUACAGUGUGUUUCAAUAUUAUACUCUAAAUCAGUAUAAAAAUGGCUUUCUGCAUAUAUGUCUGUCAGUGAUCUAUUUUAUGGAUUAGAUCAAAUUACACUGGCAUGAUUGAGUAGACCAGGCACCACUUUGAAAUUAAUUCUGAAAUAUUAGUGGCCUGUUUUUUUCAGAAAUAUUGAGUACAUUUCUCACUGGAUUUGAAUAAUCAACAUUUCUGAAACUCAGAUACUUCAAUAGAUUUUAAAGUAAUUUAUAACUGCAGCUGCUGCAGAUAUGGGUUAAAUAACUUUGUCCUAUCUGUAGUUUUGCAGUGUUGUCCCAUAAUUCCUCUUCCUUCCAUCAAGAGUCCCUUUUGGGGACUAAAUUUUAUGUGGUUUACACCAGGUUGGUAGUAGGUGACAUGUGCUGGCUAUAUCCCAUAUAAUGUAGCCUCUUUUGCUGAAGUACAAACCUAGAAAGUUAUUAUCACAAAACAGUUGUACAAGUGAGUUCCGCAGGACAGUUAAAAUGACUGUACUUUGCACCAAUUCUAUGAAAAUAUAUAGCACAUUACACUAAGUGAAAAGCAAGUAAGUUUGAUGAGAAAAAUUGCAGAAAAACCAUCCUUAUUCCUAUACUUAAAAGAGUGGGAUAAAAGAUAUCUAAUGUGUCAAAACCAGACAGAUUUAAAAACUAGAAAUGGAGAUGGAGAUACUAUUUCAUAGUAACAUUGUAUGUGUAUCUCAAUAUUAAAACUUAUUUUUUCUUAAGAAUCUGCUCUUCUAAAGACCAGUUCUCCCUUGUCCAUUUCUCUCACACAUGAGUAGUGUUACUGUUGUAGUAGCUUAAAAGUAAAAGUAAAUAGACUAAGGUAAUUCCCCAAUCAUAUUCCAAGGAAAUUUUCUUAACAUGUUUUCAAUUUAGUUAAAUUUGCAAUUAAUAUGUUAUGGGCAGUGUUAUUUUUCUAGGAAAAAAAGGUACCAGAACUCACCAUGAACGCUUCCCUUGUUCUCUUAUAAUGGCAAUGAAGCCCACCUAACAGGUGCCAGAACUGAGUUCUGGCUGAAAAAAGGCCCUGUUUAAGGGGACCAUAUCGUUAAAAUAUGAGAAUCGCAUGCUUUGCGUUUGCACACAAAUUAUAGCACAUUCCAUCUUCCAGCAGCACCCCCGUCCACGUCAAAACGAACAAAGUCUUUUCUUUAACAUUGCUAAACCUAGGUUUAGAUUUCUGUGAGCAGGCUGAUGAUAGUAGCACCUCAUCUAGUUACCAGGCCAAAUUCACAAGAGGAAAAGUAACAUGUACAUUCAGAUAAUAAACCAACAUGGCUGGGUUAUUUUGGAGGUAACAAGACUCUCUCCCCCCGCCCCCCAGCAAACACAACAACAUGAAUCACUCUUGGCUAUAUCUGUGGAAUACUUGUUUACAGCACAUUUCCCCACAUAAGUGUAUACCCCAGAGCAGUUUGUAACCUCUUGCAUAAAGGGGAAAAAGGACAGCGUGAAUCGGUUCUAAGAUUUAGGGUGGUACCCAGUGUUGCACAAGCAGAAUUUCCCCUAUCCUCCCUACUGCACCCCCUCAUGUCCCUCUUCAGAUCUGCUCCAAAGCCUCUCCCAACCCUUGGAAGCGGAUUUGGUGGAUAUCUGGGGGCCUGCCAGGUAAAGGAGAGAAAAGGAAAGUCUGUUCUGCUAGCGGUCAGGCACAAUUGGAAUAUCACCCUUAAUAUAUCUAAUAAGAUAUUUGCAGUGAUUAUAUCUUUACUAUAUGCAUGUUGGCUGAAAUCCAAUGUUAAUCAAACUCAAAGUAGACCUAUUGAUUUCAGUGGGUCUGGUCUCAGAACGAUGGUUGCGUAUCACCCAUUAUUAUAUAUUAAUCCUUUGUCCCUGAAAUCUCCGUAUGAGUUACCCCAUAGUUUCAAAAUAAAACAUUUUUUAACAAAACAUUGGAUUUUGGUAUGCAGCACAGAGAGGCAGGCCUCUCAGUAGAGUUGAAAGAAAAAUAGGAGCAAAAAUGCUUCUUAAAAUAUAAGAUAAUGUUGUAAAGUGCAGAGGGAAGGUGUAAUAUUGGAUGCUAUAGUGUAGUCUUCCUCAGCCUGAUGCCCUCCAGGUGUUUUUGGACUACAGCUUCUGUCAUCCUUGACCACUGGCCUAGCUGGUUAGAACUGAUGGGGAGCUGUAGGCGAAGCUUUGGGGAAGAAUACCAUAGUGUUUCAUGUAAUAGUUGAACUGCAAGUCUCAAAAUAGUGCUGAUAUUUAAGAAUGAUCCAAAAUGCUGUAUCCACAUGGGGCAGCAUCAGUGAUAUCCACCCAUUCACAAAAGAAAGCUGCUCAUGCAGAAGGACUUUCGGUUUUUCUUCUCCCCUCCAUCCACAACCUGCCCCCUAAAUCUGUUCUAGGGGAUCCCUCAACCAUAUGGAACAGGUUCUAGGGGCACACAGAGGGGCUAAUGGAGGGGGGGGAACCCACUGCAUGAGUGGAUGCCUGUUCUUACCUAUGAUAUUUUAUUGGGAUGCAGAUUGGUAGGAGCUUUUAACGUUAUAUGCUUGUUAGUGAAAUUUUCUGCAUUUUAAAAUUGUUUAAUAAAGUGGCUUAAAAACUCCAUAGGGAAGAGAACCAGCAAGGUUCAGGGGGAACUGAUGAUCAUUUAUUGAUAACCAUGUUAAUUAAAACUAUAGCAAUUUGUGUAGUAGGAAUAUAUUUAAUUUAUUAUUUAGCUCUGCUGUAGAUUAGCUGCAGUUUGAUUAAAUUAAGCUCUUUAUAAUCACAACAUACUGGUUCAGAUUCAUUUGUAUGUGCAUGUAAAACAUUUUCAUCAUCUUCUUUGUUGCAAUGUCCAAAAUGAAAUUUGCUUUUUCCAUUUCAUUGUUUUCAUAAUCACUUUUAUUUCCUAAAUACAUUUUGAAAUAGUAAGGAACUGGAGUAAAUAUUUUAUUUGGUUAAAGUGGAAUGAAAACAUGUGACAUGCCAUACCUAGGUAUUUUCUGUUUUUUAAGCUAGAAAAAUGCCUGUCUGAUAUUAUGCUAGCUCAAGAAUCUGUAGGCCUCUCUCUAAGCAACUUUUUGCUGUUACAAAUAAGCUUGGCUCAGAUGUCAUGUUUCCAGUCGCCCAAACCAAAAGAGUCAUAUUGUUGGUGUACAACUCCUUUCAUCCCUGAGCAACAAAGGUUCAUAGCAGGGAUACUUAAUAUUUGCCCCUCUAGAUGUUGGACUACAACUCCCAUCACCCUCAACUAUUGGCCAUGCUGCCUGGGGCUGAUGGAAGUUGGAGUCCAACAACUUCGGAGGGGAGCACAGGUUAGCCCCCUCUGCUUUAGAGGUUUGGGCUUGUACAUUCUAUCCUCCCUUUUCAUGAUCAGUUUGAAGAGUAAAAUUCUGGUUUUCAGUUGGAGGUUUUAUCAUUAAUUUUGGGUUUGUGCAUAGUAAAGCUCUCUGGUUUGGAUGCUCCAGAAUGAUGUAGCUUGCCCAAACCAGGUACCGUAGUUGUUUCUCAUUGCACUCUUGACUUAACUAGAAAGAUAAGAGAGUGCAUGAACAGAGGGCUUAUUCCCAGUUAUCCGAAACAUAAUUUAGAACAGAUCUAUUACAGCUAAACCUUUCCUGAGAAUUAUAUACAAACUAAUUCAAGCUAGUUUAACAGUUUUGGAAUUUCCACUGACGUAUAGUAUGAUAAUCGUCAAGUGGUUCAGUAGUAAAGUUUGAUGACAUGGUAACAGAUAUUUUUUAGUGAAUGUCCGCAAGUUAUCAUUUAAAUCUGCAUGUAAAGAAGUGCAGGAGAUUUUCUUAAUACAGUACUGUAUGUACAUGAAAGUUGCAGACCUUUCACUAUUUUUGAAAUUAUUUCAUUACCACCAUUGAGGAUUUUUAUGUGAGUGGGUUUUUGCUGCGGCUUUGCAAAACAAGGUUCGCAAAACCCUGGUUUCACAGAGCACCACUGUGGUUAACACAUCAUGGAGAGGGAAGAACUUGCAUAGGAGAAGGCAGGACAACAAACAGGUCUUUACAGCAUUUAGUGCCAUCUCUGUGGUACAUGUUAUCUGUGAUUCUGGAUUCCUUCUUGAUUUAGAAAGCAAGAGAGGAAUAUGGAGUUAAGAUACUGCUCUGCCAGAUGUGAGUUGGGGGGGGGAGUUACUGUUCUAUUAUUGUAACACUUGAAAAUUUAAUAAAUGUACUUAAGAUAUUUAAAUGGUAAAUUCAUACUAACUUACAAUUGCAAGAUAACUGAAGCUUUACUGGGAAGCAAAAAUACUAACCCUUAAUUAGUUUUCUGCUCAUCUUUCCCUCUGCUUCAAAAGUUUAAAAAACUGUAGAGCUGUGAAGUGAAUGCAGGUUUCUGCUUCCUCAGUUUUUCCCAUGUGCUCAUUAGAGCAGACAGGGUUCUGGGUCAGAAUAAAUCUAUCAAUACUAUAAUGUACUAAUGUUUUUUUGUGGCAGCAAAGAAGCCUCUGGCACUAAUUUGCUGAGCUGUGCUGAUGCUGCAGAGGCUGAGCAGCGAUCAUAUUGCAAACUGAGCAGCAGAGGAGGCCUUAGAAAGAGGGAGCUUUUGAGUCAGGGUUGCUGAAGAAAGGAAGGGAACGAUAAAGAGGAGGCUGGGUAAAGAAGGCAGGCAUAUUGAGAGAGGCUAUUUUCAUGAAAAAAUGAUUAAAAGCAGCAGCGAAUAGGAGAGAAGAUGUCAGCAAGGUGCCACAUUGAGAACCAUUUGGAGCGGGUGUCUGCAGGACAAAAGAAAUGGGAUGGUGGAGUUCUACACAGGGAGUAGGGAAAGAAGAGGGAGGGCUCUUAUAAGCACAGGGGAAGCAAUGGCUUUAUGAAAAGAGAAAUGGAAGCAAGAAUGGAGCACAGGAACGUAAGGAAGUGGAGAUUUUCUAAAGGAAAAGUCUGAUGAGUGAUUGACCACAGCUGUGGCCUUGGGUCUCUAAUUUAGACCUAGAUUGAUGGAAAUCAUCUACAUUAAAAGAUGUUUGAGCUUUGGUUGCUCACUCAGUAUUGUGUAUUCAAAGCGUUAAGAUACUUCUGCAACACAUAGCUGAAGUUUAAUAUACACGUCAGUGCACACUGAUUACUAGGGGAAAAAAUCUGAAAACAGCACAUUUUCACCUCCCUCAAAAUUUGCACAUGAUUUGUCUCAUGACAGGGGGCUAACAUUUUAGCACAGAGCAAUCAGCUGUGGAAUAAGGAAAGAAAAGGAUUUCCAGUGGCAACUUGUUUACAAAAAAAGGGUGUAUUUACCAGCCUUUCGUGUAGAAAUAUAUGAACUGUACAACUAUCAUCUGGCAGAUUUUUUACUAAGCAUGGUUGUCCCUACUGUAUUUUACAUAAGAAUUUAUUAUAGAACGUGUGUGGACAAGCUGUAUACAUGCAUAUGUAUGUGUACUAUUAAAUAACGUCAUUGCUGGACAUAGCAAAAUUCAUGAACAGUAUCUAUUCUCAAUGGUGACAGAUGAAUUAUUGGAUUUAGCCAAAUAAGCAUUUCAGUAUUUUCAAAUGCUCUAGUUCACAGUCUGUAUGUUCUCCUCUGCCGACUAAAGCUCUGUGCUAACCCUGAGUAUGUUGUUGGGGGGGGGGAAAGUGACCACCUUUAACAUACAUUCACACAUCAACAAGCAUUCAAAUAUCUGAAAUGAAUUUAGCUGAGUAACAAACUACCUGAAAAAUGCUAAGAAAGAUUACAUAUAACUACUUCUGAUCUAUCAAUUAUAAAUACAUACCUAUGGGGAGUGCAUACAUGUGCUCGAGUUGUUCUUUAUUACUACAAAUAGAUAUGAGGCACCUGAACAUAGAUGCCCUAUACCACUGUAAAAAGCAGCCAGGCAAAGCAGUGAAAUAUCAAUGAACGUUAUCUCCGAUUCUUUAAUUCUCCUAUAUUUGUUAUUUUCUCCUUGCUUAUGUCUUGAUCUCUUUUUUCUGUUUCUUCCUGCGGUGCUGGAAAAGGUUGCUAAUAUUAUUAAUCUAGCACUGAGCCAAAUGCAAUAAAAUAUUUUGAAAUGUGCUUGAAUUCAAUUGGGCUCUUAGGUUAAAAUGCCAUUAAUAUUUACAUGUGUGUCAGGACUUCCCCAAUGUUCAUUUCCUUGGGCCAUUUCAGAGAACUCCCAUGUUUCAGGACUGCUAGCUGUGGUCUAGAAACUAUAGUUCAGCUAUUAGUAGGUAAGUGGCUUUUAGGCAAUCCACCGUUUUCCCAAUUUUCCAGAAAUCGUCUGAAAAGGACCACCCCCAGUUUCAUAUUAACCAGGAUUGGCAACAAUCAGAUGCAAAAAUGAACCAGCAUAGAAUAAGGUAGUAAUUCCCACAUAAGACAGUCAGGAAAUAGAGCUGAUACUGUAGUAUCAUCCUUUAAUCCUAGGUGGUAGGUUUUAUCUGCAUAGGGCAGGCAUCCCCAAACUUUGGCCCUCCAGAUGUUUUGGACUACCAUCCCCAUCAUCCCUGACCACUGGUCCUGUUAGCUAGGGAUCAUGGGAGUUGUAGGCCAAAACAUCUGGAGGGCCGCAGUUUGGGGGUGCCUGGCAUAGGGCUAUAAUAACAACUAGCUUUUAUAACAGAAGAAACCCGAAAUAUGCUUGGAGUUAAAUAUAAAAUUUGCAGUAUGUUUUGUUUUUGUUUCAGUCAAGUGUGUGUGUGUGUUUAGUCAAGAAUUUUCAUGUUUUAAGCCAGGCAUAGGCAAACUCGGCCCUCCAGAUGUUUUUGGGCUAUAACUCCCAUCAUCCCUAGCUAACAGGACCAGUGGUCAGGGAUGAUGGGAAUUGUAGUCUCAAAACAUCUGGAGGGCUGAGUUUGCCUAUGCUUGUUUUAAGCUCUAGAUUUUUAAACUCUAGAUUUGCAUAUCUUAUGUUGACAUGAAUAGUAAGCAAACGGUAAUCUUUUAAUAAAAAAUAGUGUUGGCCUAUAUCCCUAUUGUCUUUUCAUGGCAGCACUUUGUGUUUGAAAAGCACCUUGAUAUUGGUGAAAUUCUGUGAUGAGUUGUUAGGCAAUUAGUAAAGAAUAAUGAUGCAGGUAAUGGGGCAAUGUCAUUACACAUUUUAAAAUAUUAAGCUUUUAUGCUAUAAUAGAAAACAUUAUCUACCUAAUCAUUUGUGACUGAGCCCAGCUAUCCUACUAAGAUAUUCAAACAAGCUUAAUGUAUAGCCUCCAAAUAAAGAUUUCCCUUCAAGUGGUGACUAGCUAAUCUCAUUUCUAAAUAUUUAAUAUUUCCCAAUUUAUUUAUUUUUAAUCCUACUUUGUUGUGUGUUUUCUUUUCCCACAAGAUAAUAGAACAAAUAGCUCUCCUUAUGAAGAUCUUACAUGAGAUUAUCGUUUUUAUAUAGUAAAGUAUAAGUAGAUGAAGGGACUUUCUGUUUCCCCCCAUAUACUAAUGGACAUCAGAAGCAAACAUUUUGCCAUUUCUAAUUUUAUUUUGACCAAAUACAUUAUCCUAAUUGUAGAAUUAUACAGUUCCAGAGUGGUUGCUUCAUUGGGCUACAAUCACUCCUAGCCCCACUUACCUGAAAGUAUGGUAAGCUCCACGUAGGAGUAGACAUAUUUAGGAUAGCACUACAGCACAACCAACAGACACGUGACACCUUGAAAGGCUAACCAGUUUGUUGUAGCAAAACAUAGCUUACAUUUUUUAAAUAUAAUAAGCUCCAAAUGGUUUAGCCUCUACAUGUUCCCCAGGUUUAUGGUACUGUAUUGAUUUUAAGGUGAGGCAAAAUGAACUGUACAAGAUUCCAAAUGUGGCUUUACCAUGGAGUUGUAUGAAAGUAUUACAAUACCAGCAAUUUUAUUUUCAUUCCUUUUCCUAAUCCCUGAAAUUUAAUUUGCUUUUUUCACAAUCAUAAUCAUACAGUCUCUUCCCCAAUUAGGUACUGCCAGUUCAGACCUCAUCAAGUAUGUCUGUGGACAGAAUGUUUUUGGCCCUAGUGAGUAUUGCCUUAGAAUUACUUUCAUUGAAUCCAAUUUGCUUGACCUUCAUCCAUAUUGGAGAACCCAAUUUGCUUGACCUUCAUCCUUUUUUAAGCCCCAGAGAUAGACAAAAAAUGGAACAGUCUGCCCUCUGGCUGGCUAAGGAACAGGGUGCUAUAUGCAUAUAAACUUUUAAUUCUAAAAGAAAACAGGUUAGUUAGAGCAACAACUGCCAAAGUUAGCACUUUGUACUUUUCUGAAGUACCAAAACUACAAUCCUGUUGUAUGGAGAAUUAUGGCCCUCUCCACAUUUAGGGAGAUUUUAGAGGAGAUGUAGUGAGCCAAUGGUGCAUGUUCAGGCUAUACUACUACUAGUUCACAUAGGCACCUUCAUUAUUUAAAUUAUUUUUGACUGGCAGCUGAACAUGUAAAUUAACGCCAUUGAAAAAGCACUGCUAAAGUGAUGGGAAGAGAUACAAAACUUCCAUCUAAGAUGUUAUAUGUCAGAUGACACAUCAUCUUAUGAGCAAACCUCCCCAUUAAUGGGAUGACCAUACACAGGCAAGAUAUUUAUUUCUGCAUUAACAAUCACCAGAAGUGCAGAUAGCUGCAUUUGUGGAGAGAGACUCUUGAUCAUUGGGGGGGGGGGCAGGGUUAGGUAAGGUAAGAUACUACCCAUAAUGUAACUUUUCUUUUCCUAGAAGCAGAUUCUGAGCCAAAGAUAAAGUUGCUGGCAUUGUGGCAACAUAAUCUGACAGAGCAUGUAAAGCAAGCAUUUUGGCAAUCAUAUUAAAUUUCAGGCUCAGGUAGAUGUUAUGGUUGGUUUGAUGGUGCAAGCAACAACUUUAUUAAGGUUUACAACCAUAAUCUGUUCCAGAGGUCCGGUUGUAAACCAAAGCAGGUUGUAACCCAUGGCACGUUUUCGCCAAUGGGGCCUCCCCCCCAAAAUUGGUUGUAAUAAAAAAAUAAUGGGUCGUAAUCCAAAAACAGGGACACUUCUGGGUUUGACGUGGUUGUAAUCCAAAGCGGUUGCAACCAAGGUACCACUGUAUUGUUAAGCUAAAACUGUUAGUUUCUGCAUUUUUAAAAUGCAAAGCUGAGUAUUGCUACAUUUUACCCUAAAGUUCAGGAGGUUCCUUUUUAGGAUGCAGUUUUCUCAUUUUUAAAGGCUUAUAUAGGUGUAUUAACUUUCUCUUCGUGAGUUGGUUUAUUGAAUGUUCAGGGUUGGGCAUUUUAUAGUCAAGAUGUUGCAUACUACACAUUUCACUCUUUGAUCUGAAUAUAGCUUGAUUUGUGUAAUAUAACUGAGAUGAGUAAUAGGCAUACUAUACAUCAGUCACAAAAACAAUAAAGUUAGCAUCCCAGGCAAUGCUAGAAAGGUUCUCAAGGAUGCCCCGCUCACCUGGACUACAAGGGCAGGGCUGAUCCAUUCUGCAUGUUUUCAGCACACCAAGAAAAUAGUUUCUAGUGGGUUUCAAUGUGCUGGAUCCAGUAGCAGCUCUCCUUUUUCUUCUCCUGUCUCUGUUGUAGCAUGGUGGAGUGGGAUGCCGUUUUCAGUGUCCCAAAAGAUGUAACAACAAGACCAUGGAGCUUCAAGAUAAGAGCAUGAUAUAUUUAGAAUAUUUCAUUGCCAGCGCUUGGCUCCCUAAUGCCUUCAAAUAACUUCAUGAUUUUUUUUCUGUGCAUUGCCAGUUUAGAGUCUCUUGCCUUUGUGGCAUGGGAGACAGAAAAUGUAUGAAUGAAAAUAACAUCAAGUUCACUAACAAUGCAUUCCUAACCUAAGGCUGCAAUCCUUACCCCAGUUGCCAGGCAGUAAGACCCAUUGAAUUCAGUAGGACUUAUGUCUGAGUACACAUGGUUAGUAAUCCAUUAGUGUUCUUUCUUUUUUUCUUCUUGAUGUGUAGAGAGAGAUUAUGUAAGUAUAGCCGUGAGUCUGUUCUGUAUAAAGCAAACUUGCAUGUGGAAGCAUUGAUGAAGCCAAGCUUUGCCUCAUGCUAAUGUUUGGCAGGCUCUUCAGGGACACUUCAGAUAGACUUCUGGCUUCAGGUAGCAGACACUUCAGAAAUACUUGUUCUGGAAGACCCGUAAGAAGUAUUGGUACUUUUGCUUUUCAAAUUGUCUUCUGCCGAUUAAGUCUAUGGACUUGUAUUAUAAUGUAAAGCUAUUAUACAAUGUAAGUUGUUUGUACAUAGUUGCAACCUGGACAAUAGCACUGCAUAUUUCUUUAAACAUGGCAAAUUGUAAUGUAGAGCACAUUUGCCAUGGCAUGUGCAGCACGUGUGCUCUCCGCUCUUACUUUACUCUCUUAAGUAAUGUGACAGUAUAAUUAGGUUUGGGAUACUAACCUAAACCAUGAUCAAAGCUAGCACUUUAAGUACUUGUAGUCACUUUUCUUCUUACUAUAUGGAGCACCGCACUUUUAUAAAUACUAGUAGCACUGAGUUUCAAACUUUUUUGCCCCCAUAUUUGUGUAGUCUUUACAGGGUGUAUGUUUAACAUGGCUGUAUGAAAAUAGAUUUUUCUGGUGCCUGGUGCCUAACUUAUUUUGUUUUAUGUUUUAAAAAAUUAUAAACUGCUGAAAAGGGGGAGGAGAUGCAGACUAUACAUUGUAACUGUAAAUGAAACCAUCCCAAAUUGCUGACCUCUUGACAAAUCUGAUUUUAAAAGCCAACCCCCAAAAUGUGCAUAUGUACACCCACAGGAGCACAGGCUUUCAAAGACGCAGGGCAAAACUUUUUAAAUAAGUAAGAACAACACAAGAGCUUGUGUUUUAAACUUUGCUUUAUAUUGACAGAGUAUGAAGUAAUUAAUGUGGUUUCAGAUGUAGAGUUCUGUAGACAUAACAUUUGGUAAUGGGAGGUUUUUGCAUGGGGGAUUACCUUGGAUAGGCAAGAGUCACUCACAGCUAUAGUUCACUGUGUGCAUAAGCAUUAAUGUGGCCAUUGCUUAAGCAGUUAGGAAAAAAUUAUGUACUGUUUCUGUAAAUUAGUUUGACUUAUACUGUAUUGUAUUUUCGACUGUAAAACAAGUCUUUUCCCCAGCAAGGUAGAACUACAAUGCAUUAGAAGAAACUGUCACUAGUUAUGCUAUUGCAUUUGUGGAAUACUCUUAGCUUACGGAAAGUUUACUAAGGUUGGGUGGAAGUUUCUACACAAUUCCAAUAAUUAAAUUUCUGUUGGUUACAAAUAAAAACAUCAGGAUCUUUGUUCUACUUAUAGAAGAAACUGACCUAAAAAAAUUGCAUUGUCUAAUUUAUAUUUUUACCAUCAACAAACUUGCUAGCUCUACAUUAUAUGAAACCCUUAAAUGUGCUGUUGCAGGUUUACUUCAUGUUGCUAAAUACCUUAAGAACUUGGAAAGAAAUUAACUUUUAAAGCCUGGACAGCUUACAAAAAAUUGAACCAUUUUGUACAAUUUUUUUUUUCUGAAUACAACUGUUUUCUAGAUAUCACUCAAUAAAUGCUAAGGAGAUUCUUUCUAAAGAGCCCAAAAUAUUCAUACUCUUUAAUGUUCUCAUGUGCCCUCAUUCAGCUGGCACAAUGGAAUUACUGAAGCUAGCCUCUGAGGAUUAGAAACUAUAUACAAACAAUUGUUAAGUGCAUUAUUUAUGGUGGCGUCCAGAUGUUGAGACUGCAUGUACAGUUCCCGCUACUCUCUCCUCAUGAAGAACCAGAAAUGCAGCUCUAAUAAAAUGAUUAGUGUCAGCAGAACCCAUUGUUUGUUCAAGGAUGAGGAUGUGUUUGUUCAAACACAAGGCAUAUUGAUUAGGAACACACAGAGCUUGAUUGGAACCUUAGUCUGAAAGUGCCCUGCGAUGUGUUACUAGUCUUGACUAAUAAAUUAAUUGAAUUUUGCAGUCCUUUCAUAUCAGUAAUAAUCCUGAAUGAGUUUUAGGAACCCAAGUGAUUUUAUUAUGAUAUAGUGACUAUAUCAGUCAUGUUGAUUCUGCCACAUCAGUGAUCUCUGUCUAAUCAACUCUUAAAAGGUAAUGAUUUAUUCCAAAUUCAGAGCAUUGUAAGAAUGGCACUCUCUACACUGACCUAACCUAAAUAUAUUUAACUAGAAUAGUCAGUAUAUUUAGUCCCUUUGCUAGUUGUGAUCAAAAUUAUGUGAAAAAGCUUCUAUAGUCAAAUGGAAAAUUGUGUAAAAUGUACUAAAAAAAUCUAGCAAUGUCCCCUUUUCUAAGCUAAUAUACAAUAAGAUAUUAUAAUAUGAUCCACAGAUAGCUGAAACUGAAACAUUAGAUAUAAAGGGUAGGAUUCGAAGAACCAUGCAUGGUAUUGCUCCCCUACCCCCUGGUCCUGCCAUCCUGCUGCAGCUCCCUUACAAAGCUAUUCCCAGAGUUUGGGGGCCUAUGCAGAGCUGCACUCAAUAUUGUGCCUGGGGUUGCAUCUAGAAAGGUGCAUGUAGGGGCCUCUUUGGAUCCCAUCCAAUGUAGUUUUAAUCCAGACAAAUUUGCCAGGCUAGUUUUGUGGAUCAUGUCUACAGUAGGCUAAACAGUUUGCAAGGUAUAUAUAUAUAUUUACUUAUACAGAUUUAGGGGAAAAGAAACUAUAAAUUUGGUGGUCCCCUUCAACUAGACAUCUAUUUUCCCAAUGUUCUUUUCUUAACCUGAAGAUAAAAUGUUCAUGUAAAAAUAUUUCUAAGGAAUAAUGAGCUGCUUUUAAAAAAAAAAGAUAAAAACAUUGUAAUGGCACACGGGCAGUGUUUAACCUUAGUCAGUGGUGGGUUUGUUUUUAUUUUCAACAGCAUGUGUAGUCAUUUUAAUUAUCAUUUUAGUAUUCCUCCAUAAGUGUAAUGGUAACUUUGCAGCUGCACCUAUAAUCAGAAUAUGGCAUUACAACAGUCAAGUUACUCAAAAUCAUGUGCAUAGCAGGUAGCGGUUUACUCUGUGUGUGUAUUCUUCCCCAAUGGUACUAUUCUUCAGUAGGAUAUUCUUAACCAAAAGGUGUGUUAAAGUUAUGGCAUGAAAAAUUGUAAAUGUAAACGAGUACAUGUAAUGCUAAUUUAAAAGAAUUUUCUUAAAUUUAUGUGAUGCUUAAUAUUUCCUUAGAAAAUUUGUUUUAAAGGUAGAUCACUGUUCUGAAGGAUGUUGGUCCUAAUGGAAUAAAAAUAAUGGAAAUAAAAUGCAUGUGUUACAAUUGUAGACAUGGUAAAGAAUUAAAUGUGAACUUACUGUACGAUACCGACUCUGUUUUCAAACAAUCUGUUUUGCUGUUCUAUUGUUAACAUAUAUUUAAAAAGCAAAUGUACUGUAACUUAGCACUUUUUUUCCUCUGUGCCCUGUUCUCACUAUACUAGAGGUACAAAAUGGCAUAGGUGUGGAACAUGUAAUCAUGCCUGCAUGUAUAUUUCAGGGUUUUUGCUUUUCUUGAUGUACAAGACUGGUCUCUGCAGACAUCAUCUUAAGUGCAAAACCCUCUCUAUCUAUUGACUUAUACUGUUAUCUAACACAAUUCCAGAAAUGUUUUAAAAGCAACUUAAGUUCAGGGUCUCUUUACAUGAUCUCUUUUCUAAAAGAUAAGUGUUGGCCAUUAAAGAGUAGACCUUGGGAUAAUUCGUUUGAGCUCCUAAACACCUAGCUGAGGAUGUAAUCACAUAUGCCUUUAACAGGAUAACAUUUAAAGUUUUUGAAUGUGGCAUCCCCACACUUGCCAUCAAGCAAGUACAGAUUUGAAAGGGGUGUACUGUAUACUGCAAAACCCAGAGCGAGAUGAUGGCAACAAGAAAAUAUCUUAACUACAUGGCCAGAAAUGACCACUUUGCUUGUAUGUCUAUAUGCAUGGAGUGGGGAGCAAAAUAAUAAUAAAAGGAAUUGAGUAUUAAGGGCAUAUGCAAAUCUAUCCUGAGACAGCACCACAUAUAGGUGUCACAGUAAAUUUGCCUAAUUUCAUUACAAGCAUUGCAGAACAUCAGAAAAUGAGGAAGAAUGUACUCUUGUGAAGAGAUCUCUGAAGCAGGACACAGUAACAGAGGCUAACAAUUAAAUUCCAUAUUUUGCUAUCGCUUCUUGUUUGGGUGAAAGAAUUAAGACUCGGGGUCCUGUUCACUUGAGGCACUGUGGGGUCACUUGAGGUAAUGAAAAGGGAGGCAUUCAAGUACAUGAAUAUGUUGAAUACGAGCCAUUUUUUAUUGAAGGAGGGUAUAUUUUUCCCAGAGCAAAGUGUUGAGUACAGACAGGCAAAGGGUCUUAGUGAGAGAAAGGAUGCUUGAAGAGGAAGGAAUACAAAUUAUUUUGGCUGUGAUGCAAUCAAAACAAGCCUUAGGAUAGAUAUACACACACAUAUGCACUGAAUGACACAUUUCAGAGCCGGGUUGAAUAUUCUCUCACAUUUAAAGAAAAUCUGCAUGGCUCUAGAAAGCUAGCAUGACAGGAAAAAAUGGUUCUAACACAGCCUUUUUCUGAUAUGCUGAUUUUUCUGUACAGAAAUUUGUAAUACGGCGAAGCUUUCAGUCUUGUGGUUCCUUGUCUUCUGAAGUAGCACAGUCCUGGCAGAGCUAUACUCAUGCAUUUUCUGAAUAUGUGGGUGAACUCUCAGCUAGUCAGCACAUGAUGACACACAGCUUGAAUGUAUGAUCCACCUCCAUUGAAGGAUUAUGUAGGAUGAGAGAGCUCUGAUUGCCUAUUCAAACCCAUAUAUAUGGUCAUCACUUUAUUCAAUGUGAUAAACAUUAAUGCAUGAGCUUCUUCAAGUAAUUAAAAAGCUCUGCUUUUUAACUAGGCUAGGAUUGAGAAGACACUGAAUUUUCGCUGAGAGAUGUCAGUAAACCAGGAUCAGAUGUGAAGCGGGAGAGUAAGGCUUAUCUGUAGAGCAGUAUGUGCUAUAAAGCAUCAAGCUCAAAACUGAGCAGCCAGGAGUCAGAAAACAAAGAUCACAACCAAAUGUACAUGGAUACUAUGGGGCUCUCUUCAGAGGAAGAGGGAUUCAAAAAGGCAAGGUAAGAUUGAAAUAGUAAUCAAGAGUUGCUUUAAAUCUUACAGAGGAGAUGGGCUUCAAAAUCCAUGUUAAAAGGAAGACAGGAGAUAAGGGUGUUUAGGUGGUGGCAGGGUUUACUAGGCAUAUCAAAUGAGAUAUAAAUGGCCAUAAUGGAUGGCAGAGAUAUGUACAAAACCAAUGGCAGGCAUAGAGUUUUUUAAAAAAUGUCAAAGAUCAGAAGACAGGUGGUGUUCCUGGGAUCAAAGGGAGCAGGGAGAUGCGUGGAGUCGAAACUAUGUGUGGAGAAAAUGGAACUAGGACGCUUAGUGGUGAAAGUCAGUGAGGUAGAAUCAUUAUGGCUCUUGUUACAUCCAAGGCCACUGCUAUGUGCAGGGAGAAGAUUUGUAAAAGGGGAGUAUUCUAAAGAUUUCCAUCCUGUUAGCAGUUUUUAGCUCUGUCAGGGUAGCACCCAAAUGUUAAAUUAUCCUGUGGUCUACUGUAAGUUUAUUCAUAGACUGAUUACUGCUUCCAGGCAUUUCUCCAAUUAUUCUAUUAUUCAAUUAUUGAAUUUUUAAAAAAGUUGAAUCAUUUGCCACUGAUUCCAGCUACCCAUACAAUGCUUCAUUAGUUUGGUUUUUGAGGCCAUGUAAAUACCCGACCCUGAAAUUCAGACUAAGUAAGAAAUUCAGACUAAGUAAGCCUAUCAGCAAACUCCCUGUGUUACACUCAAGAUUUGCUUCUAAAAUCUUCAACAUACUCUAGUAUUAACGGGGUGUUCAGAUGUGACUUGUCAUGUACUGUACUCAAAGGUUCAUUGAUCAGUGACUGUAUUGUACUGUAUGAAUAAUCAUAAAUUGCCUUGUAUUGUUUAUAAAAAGACUGUACUAAGUACCACACAGAUUUCCAUGUUCCAAGUUUGUCAGCAAUGCAUGUGGCAGUUAGGUCCUGAAACUAUGUGGUGCUAACUCUUCCAUAUCUAAUGGUGCUUUUGUGGAUGCUAACUGCUGACAUGCUGGAUAGAAAAAAAAGCUUGAAGUUGAAAAGUGUCUCAUCUGUUCGUAAAAGUAAAAAACAACCAUGAUUUAAACUUGAAUUGUUUCACAGUACCAUUGACAAUCCGGUGUUUUAUAUGUGUGUACUUUUUAUUGGGUUUUCAGAUAAUUCUUCAAAAAGCAGCUCUUUCAUUUCUCCUAUAAAUGGAUUUGUAUUUGACUCAGGCAAUAGCCUUUUCACGUUGAUUGCUUAUCCCUGCAUCUCUGUUUGAAUCUGGUGGAUCAACCUGCUUAUGUAUUUUCAGGUGGGCACGCAGGGGAAGUCACAUGAGAUGUUCUUAUUCACACAAUCAUAUUCCAGAAGAAUAAGACAGUUUCUUCUUAAAAACACUUAUACUGAGGCCAGAUCAUAUAUAUUCUAGAACACUAACCUUCUGAUCAUGCUGCUUAUUAUGAACCAUAAAGCUGUUUCAUACAUUAUAGUCAAAUGUGACCGAAUAAACGCUUAAAAGGAAGCUGAAACCAAUCAUGGCUCUUUGCCUAGUGUACCCGUAUAACAUGUUUAUUUGCUGCAAUCACGUGUAACAUUUUUAGAUGUACAUAUAAAGUGUACAUCUUAAAAUGUGCCUGCAAGUAGAAGCGGAAUGAUGAUAAAAGAGAAACCAAACCAAAGUUUUCAGAGGUCGAGAGUUUAAUGAAUAAUAAAAUCAUGUCUCUAGUGAGGUCUAAUGAAGGCAAAAUGGAGCAAAGCUUAAUCUUUACAUCAAACAAAGUGCUUUAAUGCUGCUUUGUAUCCAUUUAUGUGAAAAGCUGCACAUACCUGUAGUGGUCAAACAUCUCUAAGGGGGGAGCAUAAUUCUGUUUCCCACAUGACCUUAUUUCACACAAGAAUGGGAAUUGCCUGAUGACAUGAAUUGGCCUGUUGGUGAUCAUUAUAUAGGCUCUACAAUUUCUAGAAUCCUAGCAAAUCAAAAUACUGUAGUUCUUUUCUUUUACAAUUCACCUACACUUUGAAGAGAUGGGAAUAUUCCUUGUCUGCCACCAGUGUACUAACUACUUUUUAAAUAAAAUGAAUAGAAUUGCUCAAUUUUAUCUCAAAUAGUAUAAGGGAGAUUGCAACACAUUAAAAACCAAACAACUCUUAUGGUUGUAGAAUAAAACCUGCCCCCAAUUCCAAUUUUAACCCACUCCAGACUCAAAGUUUAAAUGACUAUCAGUUGGACAUACUAUUGUACAACUAACUCUUGUUUCCAAGUGUAACUAAGCGGGGUGGGGUAGGCAGCACGAAGCAUUGUGGAUGUGGAUUCAGCAAAGAGGCAGAGAAGUAAUAUCCCUAGAUUGUGUGAGCGGGCAAGAGAGGAGGUACAGUAAUGUCCAAACACUGGUGGAAAUAUAAGGGCAUCAAGUUAACUUCUGAAAUACUUAUAACUCAUCUAAAAGUACAGUAGUAUAUGCCAUCCAUAAUGUAAACCAAAUUCUGCACUGUACCAUUUCAGACAGGUGGUAAAAGGUAAGUUUUUAUAAAAAAAAUGCUACCUCAUGUAAAAAAAAACCCUCCCUGGUAACUUGUCUCGCCAAGGAGAGAGGCAUGUUGUAUCUUCCUGAUGUGCAUGCUACAUGUAGGAAGUUACCUUUGUAAAAUAAAAAUAAUAUUUUUAAUUUACUCAUACAGGGGAGCAUUCAAAGAUACAUUUCUCCCCACCUGUUGUCUUCAACUGGUACCGUCCAGAAGUAAAGCACCA